CCGGGACUUUCGGCUUUCGGCUGUACUACAUUUACCGCUUGCCCAGAAAACGGCCAAACUACAAUAUUAAAGUGAAAGUAGGUCUCUUGGGGAAAUGGAAACGACUGAUUCAGAAGCUAUUUGCAGGCUAUUUCACAGCUACGAUUUUGAGGGUGAUCUCGAUUUUCAGUCUGGGUGUAAAACUAUACUCCAACACUUGGAUCAGGAGACAACAGAAAAUACAUUACAAACAAAGCUGUUCUAUUUUUCAAGGAAGUUCGGGAAACUUACGCUAAGUGAUUAUAAGAGAUGGCUGAGAAAUACCGAGAAGAGGCAGACAGAUCAAAGGUUAACAGAUUCUGAACAAAGGAAAAUGCAUAUAAAUCACAAAUCCACAGAAACAAGUAUUGAUGAGUUCAUGUUUAAUAUCGAUAAAACAAAGAAGGCUGGGAUAUGUCACAGUGACGAGUGUAAUGAUCCCACACGGGAUGGUACCGCCAGUAACGAGUUGUGUGGCCAAUUUAACUCCCAAACAGACAUCAAUAAAGUAUUGUCAGAGGACAUCAACAAUGUGUUGUCAGAAAAAGAAGACGGGAAAGUUUCUGAUUUUGGUCAGGUCGUGGAAAUGAUUUCGAAAGGUCUGCCAUUACCGGAUGUAACUGAGCUAGGUAUUAGACCUUUAGAUGUUGAACCCACAACUGCCAGAAUGGAACGGAAGACGAAACCAUGGGAACAAGGAUGACUGCACUACAAGGGGAAGGGGUUAAUCCACUUCUACUAUAAAUAAAAAAUAAUAAUUGAGAGCUUGUAUCACUCUUGAUGGUGAAAUCAUACUUCAUAAGAGGUGUUUUAACGAAUCAUUAAAUAACAGUUUGGUCUGAUAAGGCACCUCAAAAUGUGAUAUUAACCAGUAAACCACCCGCCACGCUGUGACCGAUUCAGAAUUAUCGAUGAGUGCUGAAUUUAUGCAAUAAAAGAUUUUUGACUGGC